AUGGGCGAGUCGAAAUCGAAAAUGUCAAAGUUGGGAAGGCUCUUUGGCAUGCUGAGCCUGUCGUUGCACCUCCCGUCCCUCCACGAGAAAGAAAAAGACAAGGACGCCAAAGACGUCAGAGACCCUGCCAAGGACCCCUCCAAAGACUUUGCCAAAGACUCUAAAGAUCCAAGCAACUUCGGCUCUCCCGCUAGAGACUGGCUGCUUCUGCCGCUCCACUCGCCGGUGGCCACCAAACCAAACGCUUCUUCGAAACCUCUGUCUCCCAUGAGCCCAGAGGAUGGCAACGAUGUUUUGUUUCCCUUGCCAGCCGAUAAACGGGCCACUUCCCAUUCUGGGUCGCCCAAAGUGGCCAGUGAGGCCACCCAUAAUAACACAAGUACUGGCAACAAGAACUCCGGCUACGACAACCUAGUACACCCUCAACCACUACUGCUGGUGUUGCAGGAGAGCUUGCCACAAAAACUGCCUCCUCCAUCGCGUCCUCUGUCAGCCAGCUCUCACCAGAGAAAGGGGGUGGCAGGCGGUGCUGGGGCUCUGGCCUCGGCUAACUUGUCUGUUGGCACAGGCGCAACCGCCUCGAAGCUGACGUCGGUGCUGAGGUCGCUGAGUGCCAAACGGAAAACUCCCCAGAGCGUGCUGCGAUCGCUGGGCAACUUGUCUCCUUCGGUGUCGCUGACCCACUUGCCUUCUCAGGGAGCUACUCCUUCCAAGCUGAGGUUUAAGAUGUUUGAGGACGGCUCCCACGAGCACAACUUGCGUGCCACCAAGCGCCAGGAAAAGCUUAGUAAUAUGCUCAAAGACCUUUUGGGCGCCAAGAAGCUUCGAGACGAGGCAAAACUGGCGGUGCCCAACAUCCUAUCUCCCGUCCAUAAGGACAUGGAAAAACACAAUGAUCCAGACAAACCACCCACGCUUUUCGCUGGGUUGGUGAGCCAAGUAAAGAACAACACUUCUCCUUACCAGGUGCAUGAUGAGCUUCUAGAUCCCAUGAGUCAGCAAGAUUGCCGUUCGUUUGUGGAAAAAUACGGACGCUGCCAGGAAGUGAUUGGCAAAGGGUCGUUUGGUGUUGUUAGAGUGGCUCACAAGAAAGUUGAGUCUCCAACAAAUGAGGAAGUGCUAUAUGCGGUGAAGGAGUUCAAGAGACGUCCCAACGAAUCGGAAAAGAAAUACUCUCGUCGGUUGACGUCGGAGUUUUGCAUUCUGUCUUCGCUAAAGCAUAUCAACAUCAUUGACACUCUAGACUUGCUCAAGGACGCCAAGGGAGACUACUGUGAGGUCAUGGAGUUCUGCUCCGGAGGCGAUCUCUACACCCUUAUUAUAGCUGCGGGAAAACUCGAAUACGCUGAAGCAGACUGUUUCUUCAAGCAGCUCAUCCGAGGCGUCAACUACAUGCAUGACAUGGGAGUAGCCCACAGAGAUCUAAAACCUGAAAACUUGCUCUUGACACAACAAGGUGUGUUGAAAAUCACCGAUUUCGGUAACGGCGAGUGCUUCAAGAUGGCCUGGGAGGAUGAGAUACAGCUUAGCGAAGGCGUGUGUGGAUCCAGUCCGUACAUUGCCCCAGAAGAAUUCACCCAAGAACAGUUUGAUCCUCGCUGCGUUGACAUUUGGGCGUGUGGUGUGAUUUACAUGGCAAUGAGAACAGGGCGUCAGCUUUGGAAACUAGCCGAUCCAAAAAGAGACGAGUUUUUCCAGGAAUACCUUACAAAGCGUAAAGAUGCUACAGGGUACGAACCGAUCGAAGCGUUGAAGCGGGCCCGGUGCCGUAACGUGAUUUACUCAAUUCUUGACCCCAUUCCCAACCGUCGUAUCAACGGUAAACAGAUUCUUAAUAGUGAAUGGGGACGAGAGAUCAAGGUGUGCGCAGCCGGCGAUGGCCAGCUCUCUGCAUCGGUGCUCAAUGGGAAACUGGAGUAA